UUACUUGUAGAACUGCAGCGGCCUUGAAAUUGUUGAGCAUAGUUUGCGAAGAUUUGUUUAAAGCCGUUUGUGAAAAAUUUAAAUUCAAUAAAUAAUAAUACAGAAAUUUGGAUUGAAUCGCUAACUAAAUAAUGACAAGUAAAAUACAUUAUUAAUGCGAACCGUAAAUGGUUCAAUUUCAUGGUUUCCAAGUUUGCAUUGAAAAAGUGUGAGGCUUGCGUUGUGCAUUGAAUAUUUGUAAUAUUGUCCUAAAUAUAAAGUGUAACUCAUGUAAAUAAAAAAAAAAGAAUAAUUUUCAAUUAAAUUUUGAAUUAUUUCUAUAUAAAUUAUUAAAAACAUGCUGCAAAAAUAUGUCGAAGCGACAACGUCCAAUAUUUUACCAUAAUUGGUCUUGGGUGCAGUUUUGUCUGUUUAGUUGAUUAAAGUCAAAUGGCUGACACUUUAAGUACAGGAGGUGGCAUGGAAAUGACGUUAAAAGACAGCGGUAUAGUAAUCGAUAUGACACCGGCAGCCAUUUUACAACGCAAUUCACUUACUCAUUCCCUCCGAAAUCUACGAGAAAACAGUCCAGAACAACAGACUGCUUUAGAUACGGCAUCAACAUCAGGUACAAGUACUUCCCCAACAAAUUUUUCAACAUCUCCGCCCGUAAAUACAUUCCGUUGUGAUCGUUGCGAAAAGUUUGAAACAAAUUCUCGUACAGCUUUAGUGUUACAUGCAGUCCAUUGUUUUCCAAGUCCGCCAGGACUUAAUACAGAGGAUUGUGAUACAGAAAGCAUAAGCGUUACACCAGUCAUACAAGCUAAUAGUAAAAGUGGUGUUGGAAAAUCUACAGUUGAAUCUCAAUCCGCUACACCAAGUGUAAUUUCAGUUGUAGCAAAUAGCAACACAAGUAGUAAUGCGGCGACAUCGGGUUCUGCGACAUCUAGAAAGGUAUUCGAAUGUGAUGUGUGUAAUAUGAAGUUUUCCAAUGGCGCUAAUAUGCGUCGACAUAAAAUGCGGCAUACUGGUGUAAAACCCUAUGAAUGUAGAGUUUGUCAAAAGAGGUUUUUUCGUAAAGAUCAUUUGGCGGAACAUUUUACAACACACACAAAAACUUUACCAUUUCAUUGCCCCAUUUGCAAUCGUGGAUUUCAGCGACAAAUUGCUAUGCGUGCUCAUUUUCAAAAUGAACAUGUCGGCCAACAUGAUCUUGUAAAGACUUGUCCUCUGUGCAGUUAUCGUGCUGGAUCUAUGAAAUCAUUACGCAUACAUUUCUUUAACCGCCACGGCAUUGACUUAGAUAAUCCCGGCCCUGGUGGAGCUUCAUCUUUAUUAUUUGCUUUAGAAAACCAAGCAUCACAAGUGGCAGCUGCAGCGGCUGCGGCGGGUUAUGUGCCCGGUUUGAAUGCGGCUGCUGCAGCUGCAGCUGCUGCCGUUGCUGGUGUUAAUGUAAAUUUACAAAGUCACCAGAGUGAUAGUGGAGAAUCAAUGCGAUCUAUGGAAAAUGCUACGCCUCCAAUGCACUUUUUAACGCCUCAUGUAGAAAUAUCAACGUUAUCAGAUAAUAGCGGAGAAAUUUACAAUGGCGGUUCAGCAGCUGUUAUGUUAGCUAAUGAAUCACUUGAUUCCAAAACCAAAAAUAGUGAUACGGCAGUUGAUUCAAUUGUGUUGCCUCCACAGGAGCAUGCAAUGGACUGCAAUGCCAAAUCGUUGCCUUCAAGUACAAGCAAUAUUAAUGUACGACUUACCGCUUCACCUAAAAUACAUCACGAUAACCACAUCACACCUUCCAUAAGUUUAAUACCCAUCAAACAGGAGCCCUUUAAUGAUGAUAUGUCAAGUGACUCAAAUAAAGGUGACUCAAAAAUGAGUCCCUCCGCAGAACAACAUAAUCCUAGUGACACCAGCGAGUCAGAAUUUUCUUUGACGAAUAAUAAAUUAAACUCUUUAAUUAAAGUAUCACCAUUAAAAUCAUUGUUGCGAGAGGAUCUAAAGAGGAGAAUAUGUGCUAAAGCGAAUAAUCGUAUAACUCGAAACGCUCUUGCUGUAGAAAAUAAUAAUCUCAAACAAGGUACAUCGAAUAAUAAUUCCACAUGUAAUUCUACGCCAAUCUGUAAUGGUACUAUAACAUCAUCGGGUCAAGAAACAGAGUUAACAAUUCUGAAUCGAAAACAAAUUUUAACGUGCCUUUUUUGUGGCAUUGAAUUUCCUAAUGAGACUCUUUACUUCCUUCACAAAGGCUGUCAUUGCGAGAGCAAUCCAUGGAAAUGUAACAUCUGUGGAGAACAGUGUAACAACGUUUACGAAUUUAAUUCGCAUUUGUUGAGCAAAAGUCACCAAUAGCAACCAGUUAGCGCCGCUGUUGGAGACAUCG